GCCCGAGCGGGGAGUUUGGUCCACAGAGAGAAGACAAGGAGGGGAAAAAGUGUUUCUUCUGAUUGCUAAUGUGAAUUAUGGACUACAGACACAUAGAGAAAACAAGUAACACAGACAUGAAUAUUUUCACCAGGAUCUAAAGACCAAAAAAUGCUCUUCAGGCUUGUCAUGGAUUUUUCUGGAAAAAAGAAUCUCUGAAAUUAUGUGAAUAGAGACUUUUUUCAGAACCAUGGGGGAAAGAGAAAGAAGUCCCGAUACUGACGAAGAAAGUAAGGCAGACAAACACCAUUACUGUCAUAGUUCAUCUGAUUUUGGAAUUACACCACAGUCUUCUGGCCGGUCAUCGCUGGUUAAUCCCUCCUCACCUAUGAGUAUUAAGAAAAAAAAUCCUAAAAGACAAAUUUCAGAUAGCCAAGUGCAUCACCAAGCCCCUAGGAAACCAAGUCCUAAGGGUCCACCAAACAGAAAGGGAGUCCGAGUAGGAUUUCGCUCCCAGAGCCUCAAUAGGGAGCCACCUCGGAAAGACAUUGAUCUUGUUACAAAACGGGUUCUUUCUGCAAGACUGCUAAAAAUCAAUGAAUUACAGAAUGAAGUAACUGAACUCCAGGUCAAGUUAGCUGAGCUGCUAAAAGAAAAUAAGGCUUUGAAAAGGCUUCAAUACAGACAGGAGAAAGCCCUGACUAAGUUUGAAGAUACAGAAAAUGAAAUCUCACAACUUAUUGCUCGUCAUAACAAUGAGAUUACAGCACUCAAAGAACGCUUAAGAAAAUCUCAAGAGAGAGAACGGGCAACUGAGAAAAGGGUGAAAGAUACAGAAGAUGAACUAUAUAGGACAAAAUUUUCCUUGCAGAAACUGAAAAAGAUCUCUGAAGCUAGACACCUACCUGAACGAGAUGAUUUGGCAAAGAAACUAGUUGCAGCAGAAUUAAAAUUAGAUGACACUGAGAGAAGAAUUAAGGAACUAUCGAAAAACCUUGAACUAAGUAGUAACAGUUUCCAACGACAACUGAUUGCUGAAAGGAAAAGGGCAUAUGACGCUCAUGAUGAAAAUAAAGUUCUUCAAAAGGAGCUACAACAACUAUAUCACAAAUUAAAGGAAAAGGAGAGAGAAUUGGAUAUAAAAAACAUUUAUUCUAAUCGUCUACCAAAGUCUUCUCCAAAGAAAGAAAAAGAACAUAUAUCAAGAAAAAAUGCUGCAUGCCAGAGUGAUUUUGCAUACCACUGUACAAAAGGAGUACAAACCAGUGAAGACUUCAAGCUACAAGACUUUCCUAUUAUACCACAAACAGUCAUGUGUUAUGAAAACAAAUGGGAACCUGAACGUCUUUCUUUGGACCUGAUAUCUCAAGAGAGAGAUGAAUAUGAAGAAGCAGAGAUUCUAAACCCAGUUGUGGAAAGAGAAGAAAAUUUUGUUAAAGAUCAAGGAAUCCAUGUUGUAAAACAAGAGGUUGAGAAGCUGGAGGAUGAAUGGGAAAGAGAAGAACUUGUUAAAAAGCAAAGAGAAAAGACAUCCGUGCUGCAGAGAGAAGAAAAGCCAGCAUUAGAAACUGGAAGGUACCAAAUUCAAAAUAUUGAUAAAUUGGAAGAAACGGAAGAAGAAAGGCUGAAGAGAGAACUGCUACUGGCUAAACUGAAUGAAAUCAGCAGAGAAGCUCAGGAUCCCCAGAAGAUAAAAUGUCUGCCUCUGCCGUUGCUUCCUGGUUUGGAAUCUAAACUGCACUCCCCAGAGAGAAGCCCCAAAACAUACAUGUUCUCUGAGUCCUCAGAGAGAUUAUUUAAUGGGCAUCGUCCGCAAGACAUCAGUCUUUUAACUUCAAAAAGAGAUGGUCGGAAUCCAGGAAGUAUCAGAAGCCCAGUCUCUCCAAAUGAUCUUGUAUUUGGCAGCUACGUGCCUUCAUUUGCAAAAACAUCAGGGAAGUCCAACCUACUUAGCCAAAAAAGUGGCCUUUUGGAUUUCCAAAGAAACAGUAUGGAGAAACUUAGUAGAGACGGUGUAGAUUUAACUACAAGGAAAGAGAGAAAAGCUAACCUGAUGGAACAGCUGUUCGGUGCCAGUGGCAGCAGCACUGUUUCCUCCAAAAGCAGUGACCGGAACUCCCUGGCUGCCAGCAAGGGAGACUUCGACCCUCUGAGUUUUCUCCCUGGGGACAAAAGCAGCAGGGGGAGAGAACAUGACGAAGAUGACUACUUCCUCAGUGAAGGAAGAAGUUUUAAUCCAAAUAGACCCAGAUUAAAAAAUGCAAACAAUAAGCCAGCAGUAAAAGCAGUUGAUUCUGUAGAAGAUGAAAUUGAAGAAGUAGCACUGAGAUGACUGACUAGCGUAUGCAUUUUUCCAAUUGUAAAUAUUAAAAUAUUUUAAUACAGUGUAUAUUACAAACACUUAGACUCUUAAUAUAGAAAGUCCUUAUUAAGGAAUGAUUUUAGUAGACAACUACAGUGUCAUACCACAUAGACAGUUUGCCAAGAACAAAGGAGGCACUUUUGAAUGAAACCAAAAAUAGAGCUAUAUCUUACUUAGUUUUGACUUUAUUUACAAAUAGGUUUUACCUCUUAAGCUCCAUGGGAAGUUUCACUCCAUUGGAGUUCUUAUUCAUUUUCUAUUUUUAAUCCCUAUUUAUUAAUUUGUAUUUAGCUCAGUGAGGAUAUGACCAAAAUAUGUUCAUUAUUGAAGGUAAAUUAAGGGUGAGAGACACUGUUGGGAGGUAUAACUCCCAGGUGGUGGAGAACAGGUGCUACUUUGGAGCCCAGUCUUUAAUGUAUAGGGGUGGAGGUUCUUUUCUUACAUGGCAGGGCUGAGCUACUUUUAAGUGGAAGCAACCAUAACAUUGGAAUUCCCUUUUCCGUUGAAAGAAACCGAAGUCAAGAGCUGCUCAUUUCCCAAUUACAAGUCUUGUUAAAUCACUCACCUACAACUGUGCUAACAUAGUAGGUUGAAUUCAGAAGACGUUUGUUUGCAUGGACAAUUCUGACAUGGCUUCCAGCAUAAUCAGUAAUCCUAGUUCUCUUACACUAUUUGUAUUUGAGAUUUCAUUCCAACAUAGAAGGAUUUUCAACUCAAUUAUGUUUCCAAAGUAAUAUAACUUGGAAAUUUUAAUAUAUACUAUUAAGAUUUGAAUUUACUGUCAAACCAAAGAGACAAUAUUAGUGUGAUACUAUUUGUACUUACAGGAUUUAUUUUAGAGCAAAUUUGUUUAAAGGCGUUUUAGAAAUGGGAUUUUUUGCCUUGCAGUGUAGGGUGAAUGUGUUUCUGUUGAAAUGCAUUUGCACUAGUCUUUUGCUCUUUGUAGCUCACUUCAUCUGCAAAGGACUUAAUGACCAUGGAUUAUGCUGGGUAUGAUUGGUCUUUAAGAAGUAGUAAUACAUUACCAACCAAGUAGAGUUUUCUGUUAACACUUAAAAUGAAGAGGGGUAGAAAUGGUGUCAGGGGAAGAAUAAAAAUGUAGAUUGGCACUUACUCUAAAGUGAGCUGGUUUUGUUAUUUUUUCACUCAGUAUGAUUUCUAAUGCCAAGCAUACACAUGAAUGAAGGUACAAGUGUUACUGUUUUAUCUUGAGUACUUGUAAAUGCCUAUUAUUUAAUAUAAUUUCAUAACUAUUUGAUAAGACUUUACCUGGUUAGGUCUCUAAUUAAAAGAUGUAUCAGCUAUCUUUUAAAUUGUGUUCCUGUCAUUUAUUGGGA